UCUCGUGAAUAGAACAGUUACCUCCUCGAAAAUCGUUCGGUCUCCUCACAUGCUGCUAGUCCUCUAAUAAUAGCUAACUCCUCAAAAACCGCUCCUCACAUGCUGCUAGUCCCUUUUUUCCCGAGAUUUGGAAUCACUAAUCUCGAUUUACUGACAUCGGUUUUGAAAUUGAGCUUCAUCAAAGGGUGGAUAUUUGCAUGCCUAUAUCUUCCUCCAUAUUAUAAACUCAAAUUUCCAAUCCCAAAACCAAUUCAUCAACAACAAUCUUUCUUAAUUACUUGUCAUCACCAUUCUUCAAUUCUCGCACUCUCUCAACCCUUCACCAAUGGAACCACAAACCCAGCAACCAACCGAGGAUGGAAGUAACAAAGCAGUCGGGAGUAGUGCUAACAUGCUUCGCAGGAAGAGCUGUACUAGGUGGAUUCCCACUACAGAUCAUAUAAGAAUCCUCAAGGAGCUUUUCUACAACAAGGGAGUUAGAUCCCCAACUAUAGAGCAGACUCAGAGGAUCUGUCUCCAGCUGAAAUGGUACGGCAAGAUCGAGUUCAAGAACGUCUAUUUUUGGUUCGUGAACCAAAGGGCUCGGGAGAAGAAGAAGAAGAGGUCCACUUCGGAUGUUCAUGUUCCCAUGCAAAGAUCAGGGCUUGUUGGUGAUGACAAUGUUACCAAUUGGAAACAUGAGGAUCAGUAUAUUAACUUUGGAUCUUCUGCACCUGCUUCUGCUUCUUCUGCUGGUGUGAUGAUUGCUUUUAACGGGCAGAUGGGGAACUAUGGCGGUUAUGGAUCCAUGAACAUGGAGAAGAGUGCUAGGGAUUGUUCAAUCUCAGCUGGAGGGGAAACUAGUUCUACUUUCUUUGACAUGAAUGUAGAACAAACUUUCAUGGAACAAAGAGGAGAAGAUCACCAGGAGAUUGACACCCUCUCACUGUUUCCCGUGCAUGGUGAGGACAUCUGUGGCAACAUGAAGACUACUUCCGAUGGAGGUGGCGGUCACGGGUAA